AUGAAGUCACUCCCAUUUUGCUUCCUUUUCUGUUGCUGGAAAGCAAUCUGCGGCAACAGCUGUGAGCUCACCAACAUCACCAUCACGCUGGAAAGAGAGGAAUGCCGUUUCUGCAUCAGCAUCAACACCACGUGGUGCGCAGGCUAUUGCCAUACCCGGGAUCUAGUAUAUAAGGACCCAGCAAGACCCAACAUGCAGAAAAUCUGUACCUUCAAGGAGCUGGUGUACGAGACAGUGAAAGUGCCUGGCUGUGCUCACCACGCAGACUCCCUGUACACCUACCCAGUGGCCACUGAGUGUCACUGUGGCAAGUGUGACAGCGACAGCACUGACUGCACGGUGCGAGGCCUGGGGCCCAGUUACUGCUCCUUCAAUGAAAUGAGGGAAUAA